AUGAGUGAGCAGAUUACGGUAGAUGGAAACGGCUUUUUGCAACGAUGGUAACCCGUUUUAGGUGGAAAUGAGCGAUUUCGAGUCGGAUUUGGACGUGACCCGUUGCGAAAAUGACGAUUCGAAUGGGAGCAUUCGAUCGGAUUGGCCGCAUUCGGAGGAGAGCGCCGUUUCGGUGAUUUCACAAUAUCAAUUGGAUGCUCUCAACGAUUUCGGCUUUGUUUUCGAUGCUCACAACAGGUUUGGACGUGAAAAUGAGUAGAGAAUGAGAAAAAUGGGUUUGCAGAGUCAAAAUAGCGUCUAAGGAGUCGGAAGAGGCAGCAAAUUCGGUUGAAGUGGAGCCACGUGGCGUCCAAUCCGAAUAUAUCUCCGAUGUGCUCACGUGA